AUGUUCUCAGUGCUAACCUCUUUCCACAGUUGUAAAGUAGUGUGGAAGGCUAGUAAUAUAGUGUAUCAGUGUAUGUGUAAAGUGCGCAACUGCGUAUGGUAUCUUAAAAUAUUCAUAAUAUCAGUCAUAUUAUCAUUGUUUUGUGGUAAAAUAACAUUACAAAAUGCUUACUCCGAGAUUUAAGUUAUCUCAAGACGAAAAUCAUGUGUUUAUAACCGUACAUGCACCCUAUACAAAUAUCGGCGAGUCGGAGAUCGAUAUUGAUGGCGAGAAUUUUCUAUUUGUGUCUAGUCCAUACUUCCUUAGACUGCGACUACCUGGAAAAAUUGUUGAAAACGAUCGGUCCAAAGGCUCUUAUAUCUGUGAUUCUGGAGAUUUUAAUUUCACUUUCGACAAGGAAACACCUGGGGAACACUUCGAAAACCUCGAUAUGAUUACCAGCUUGCUGGCUCCCCGGGAUAUACCCGAUGUGAAUCCAAAUUUAGUUGAAAUGCUAGAAGAAGAUGGCGUGAAUAUAUCCGACAAUGAAGAUGAUGAUAAGGCCUGCGCGGAGGAGGAAUGCAAUAAAUACUCAUAUGGAUUUGCAAACAAAAUAUCAACAGACUUCAAAGAUGUAGGCGAGGAAUUUCCGCAGAUAUUCGAACUUCGCGUACCAGAAAGAGUUCCUAUUGCAGAACGCAAUGAAUUGCGCGAAAAAUACGAAAACCACAAAUUUUCGUCGGAUCACUAUUUGGCAGAUUUGUAUGAAGAAGAACUUCUUGCUCCACACCUAGCCGUUGUCACUGAGUGGUGUGCACCCGAUUUUAAUAAAGAAAUCGAUUUCACAGAUGAAGAAGUCAGCGUUUUAAAGGAACUGCCAAAUAAGCAUUACUUAUUGAGCAAAAAAGAGCAAAAGCAAGUGUUUAUGGGGCUGGUUGAUAUUUUAUAUGGUUAUUGUUAUGAUAAACGCACAACUCAGAAUGAAAGCAAUGUGGAAUCUAGUUGGACAAUCAAUAAAUUGUCACCAACUUUGAGUUGCUUUUGCACAUUUAAUGAUACUAAAGAAGUGCUUAUAGCCUGCUACCGGCGUGCUCUCGUAUUCCCGAUAUUCCGUAACUUUGAACUGUGCACGAAAGUGCAUAAGGACUUGGUAGCAUUAUUGAAGAUAGGAAAGAAAUAUGUCAUCAAAUGUCUGAUCAGUGUUUUUACAAUGUUUAAUCUGAAUACUGAAGCAAGGUACAUAUUGAACCAGUUGUACAUCAAGGAUUAUUUAAUAUUUUUACAAAAAUGUCGUGCCGAGGAGUUUGACCAGCUCUCUGAUGAGAUAGAUAAUAUUGAAAUAUUGAAAAAGGAUUUAGGACUUGAAUUAGAGGAGUUAGAAGCAGCCGCAGAAAUGGUUAAACUUGAAGAGACACAGAUAAUGGAAAAUGAAAUGGCUGUAAAGAUGGCUCAUAUGUCACUGUUACCUGGACUCAAGAAGGCUACAUACAUGAGCAGUGAUGAAACAGAUGAUUCUACCGAUUCAGACGAUUCUUCCACCGAUUCGAGCAGUGAUUCCUCUUCCAGUGAUUCAUCGGAAUGGGAUUCCGACGAUGAGAGAUCCUGAGGGUACUUUUAAAUUGGUGUGAGUGAAGUGAAUUAACUUCAUUAGCGCGCCAAUUGAAAAUGACAAAGUUAUGUGAUUUAUUUUUAUUCUUAAGUUUUAUAUAUGUAAAUGUUGCAUUUCUAACUUGUAAUGGUUUCUAUGAAAUAUGGAAAGCGGAAUGACUGAUUAUGUAUAGAUUGGUAUAAUGGAGGAAAUGUAAAUAUGGAAGUUGUAAGGUAUAUCCAGAUUUGGUAUAAGAUAUUUUUGGUCCUAUACUUCUGGCUAUGGUUGAAUCUAAUUGCUAAUAGCUUAGAAACAUACAAUCAUUACUUGGUGUUGUUUGUAGAAUGUCGCUCAUAUAUGAUAAACGAUAAAGGUCGUAUAUAUGCAAACCUCUAUACACAAAAUAUCACAAACUGGUGUUGCAUAAAAAUUUCUAUGUAUUCAGCUUUAAUUAUGGAAUACGAGGAUAAAUUUCGACAAUAGAAUUGAACGAAAUUGGAAAAGUCAAAGCCCAUUUGAUUGUAAAAAAUAUUGCAGUAAGUCAUUACUAUUUUGGUGUUAUAUUAAUGUACACAAAUAUCUGUUUUUAUAGAGUAGAUAAAGAAAUACAUUCAAUAAUCAAUAUCUUAUAAAAUAUAUUUGUCUAUUUAAAUGCUUCUAAAUGUUAUGAUAACUGUCACUUGGUAGUUUAGGUGGGAAUUAUUAAUACAUAAUUCUAUGAAAAUUUAGAAAAAAUAUUAUAUGGAUGUUCUCUUUUCUAAAUAAAUCUAUUUCGAAUAUUGUAGCUAUGAAUGUCUAUUAUCAUAUUUAAUGUUAAACCUAUUGAAUAUUAAAUAUUAGAAGUUAGGAUGUGGUGUAGUGAUGUGCUGGAUCGCAAUUUAUAUAGAUAAAUAAGGAUCUUAUAUGUUAAAUCCGAUCUAAAUGAAACUAAUAUUAUUCGCAUAUACUACGCGUGUUUUAUUUUUCUUAAAAACUACAGACGAGAUGUCUCGUUUGCCCGUGAUCACGGUUGCUGAAAAGUAACCGAAACGUCGGGAGUAUGUAGUUUUUAACAAAAAUAAAGCACGCAUAGUUUAUCCGAAUAAUUUUAGUUUCAUUUAAAUGAUUAAAACUGGCGAAAGUCUUAGAUCUCAUUAAAUCCAAUCUGUAUCUAAAUGAUGUUAUAUUUUUCGUACAUAUUUCUUUUAAUUUCUACUUAUUCACAGAUUAUAUAGAGUUUUAAAAAGAUAUUGAGAGUAAAUAAGCCAAAAGGUCUGCCAAAGAAAUCAAGGUUACAGGUCUUUUAUUUUAUAUUCACUGAUAUAGAAGCGGAUACUUUUUGGAGGGAAACUUGUAAUGCGAAUUCCAACAAGGCUGCGUGAAACGUUCUACGCUCCUGGGGAAGCGGAAAAGAAAGAGACGGAGCGAGAGUAAAUGGGCGGGUCAAAGGUGAAUUGUGAGCAAUGUUUAUAAAGUUUGUCUUAACGAAACAAUAUGAGUUUACUAAAAAUUGAUUUCUAACUCUUCCUUUUUUCAUUUCAUCAUUGCGAAGUCCUAUUUCUUCUGCGCAGAGGGACUCUGCGCACAAUUUUUUGUCAAGUACUGCAAUUUCACUCAUUAUAUUUCGAAACUAUAGUUGAAGCUUCUUGAUGCUUUAAGUGAAAGAAAAUAUUUCGUCUUGUACUGCGCAUUUUUUUUUAAUCAUAGUUUUACAUUAAUACUCGUUCAUCUAUUUAUGUGUUUUCAUAUAGUGUGUAAAAUUUACUUGUAAGAAAGCUACUUAUACCGAUCUUUUCUUUCCCCGAAAAAAUUACAAAAAUGCCAAUGUUGCUACCCUAAUUUUAUUUUAUAAUAUAAUAAAUAUUGUAAUUAAGUACAACCUUUGUAUAAGUCUCAGAAAAAUUAGAUUUCAAUCCAUUAUUAUGAGAAAUAUUUUUUCAUAAAACUUAAGUGUUCUGGAAUCAAUGAAACACAUUGAUAUUAAUUAUACAUGGUUACAUUACAUACAUUUUGUAUAAUUCUUCAAAUAUAUAAUCAAAACAAAUAAUUAUUACGUGAAUAGGAUUCUGAUGAGGAACCUUAAGGGUACUUAAAUUGGCGUGGGUGAUUUAAAUGGCCUUCAUGAGAAGCAGAAAGUGACAGUGAUGAGUGAUGUGAUCUACUAACUAUAUUUAAGUGGAAAUGUUCGAUUUAUAACUUACGAUUUCUAUAAAAUGUGGUAAGCGGAAUGACUGAUUAUGUAUAGAAUAGCAUAAUGGAGAAGAAGUGUAAAUAUGCGGAAGCUGUACAGUUUCUUCUGUAAUAUGUAUGUAGUUUCAGUAGGUUGAUUGUUAACCUAACCUAACUACUUUUGAUACCUUUUAAUUUUGGAAUCUUAUAUUUUUUUUUCUAUUUUUAUACUAUAAUCUAUAUUGUAGGUGUACAUAGGCUUUUCUUUACUUGACAAGCCCAGUGAUAGAAUUUCCACCAGUAUCGGUCAAUAAUAUAACCAAACAAUUAUUUCUAGUGUCUAAAUUAAUAAUUUCGGUUAGAUGGGCCGUGUAUAUCAAAUUAUAAUAUGUGUAAAUCUCUACAUGCUCGUAUAAAAUAUUCCAAAUGAUUAUUCUAGAACAAUAUAUUCUCUUUUAAUGGAAUUUAUUAAGAUUGGAAGCAAAGCUGUAGGUUAAACACUAGCUAAGUAAGAUUUUCGAAUUUCAAGUUUAUUACAAUUUCAGUAUUAUAUUAAUGUAGAGAAGUUGAUGUUUAAUAAUAAAAAAAAAGUAUGUUAUAGGAAUUAAAAUGGCUUUUGAAUUUACUGGUGAUAUUAAAAAACUGGCACUACUGUUUAUUACAGACUUGAAAAUAUUCAUAUGUGAUUGUAUAACUAUUUAGAAAAAAUAUAUAAUGAUGUCCUAAAAUUUUUAAUCUGUGGCCAAUGUUGUCCAAUAUAAGAAUGUAUCCUAUCAAAUAAUUAUCUUACAACUAUUGAACAUUCAAUGUUAGUAGUUACUAUUGAUGUUAUAUGAAAUAUUGUAGAACAAUAAAUAUUAUAUGUCAGCA